AUGUCCUCCAUGCUGCCGUCUGCUGAGUCGGAUCUCUCACAGCGUCUGAAGGAGCAAUGGGGAAACACGGUUGUCGAAUUCAUGAGAGCAAGAUUCCUCGACCGACACGCUCGCGGUCGCACCCUCCGCACCGCCCUCCUACAAGAUGCUGCCACAACUCCAAGCCAAAGCAACUCAUUUUGCAUCCUUAAGAUCGAUGAAUAUUUGGAGCAAUGUCAAGUUGUUGGGGCCCCUAUUUCCUAUAAUCCUCAACCGUUUCUUAUUCAGCCCCGAUCAAUAAUCUCCAUACGUGGAUGUUUUCAAUUGUCACUUCUCCAGUACCUUGGUCAACGUCUUAACGCACCCACGGAAGCGCUCAUUGGUCAUCUUGCAUUUCCAAAGUCGUUCCAAGUUCGUGCGGUAAAAUCGCAACAAAAUCCAUUUUUUACUGUGCAGAUGAUUACGCUAGGCCAGGCGGCACCUGAAUUCAUUACUGGAAGGAAGUCCCGGGCUGUACAAUAUCGGCGUGUCAAUAUUCAUGGAGCCGGCCACUUUUCUGUCGAGCAGCAAGUCACGUUUAUUCCAUUCGAUUUAAGCCACCAGGCGUGGUCGGGGUUGGUCCUCAAUGACAGCGGAGACCCGAGUGGAACUACUCCGUGGAGCAAUGAUACCACAUCUGAGCAACGUUUCUUUCCUUUGAUGCGCUCUGGCUCAUGCGCUUUCGAUCUUCCGGAUAUGCGAAAUCAUGAUUUGCCCACUGGCAGGAAUGACAAUGAAUAUAUUAGUCCCGAUCCCUGCUACUCGCGGGCCAAACGAGACACCGAGUUCUUACUGGACCCUGAAUUGUGUGUGCAAGACCCUUUUGUUUUCCUGUGCGAUCUUCUCGAUACGUCUGCGCUGUGCUGGACCAGAUUCCUCAGCUUCAUGGAAGAGCCACUCGAUUGUCCGAACCUCAAUGCAGACCAACACGCUGAAAUUCUUCUCCACGACAAAAGAAUUAUCGAUCGCGCAAACGUGUACUUUAGUACUGUGCUAGAUUUCAUUGAUCAGCGUCAUCAGCUUGAAUGGCCUGUCGCGGCGAUCGGUGCACAGGUGGAAGAUAUAGCGAGACGCGUCAGGGGAGAUUUCAUGCAACUUCAAACUCGAGCCUUGUCUUUACUUGACAUGCGUACUCAGUCCAUACAAAUAAUAAUGAGUACGAUCAGUAUUCAAGAAUCCAAGAAGGGACUUGAGCAAGCAGAGCGAGUUGGUUUAUUGACACUUUUGGCUUUCGUUUUUAUUCCCUUGACAUUCAUAUCAUCUCUAUUUGGUAUGAAUGUGACCGCAUUUACAAGCCCCAAUCCGUCGUUGAAAUACUUUUUCGCGAUUGCACUCCCAUUCACUGCAGUCUGUGUUGCGAUACCACUGUGGGGUCAAAUUCGAAAGGGUUAUGCGUCUCUAUGUACAAUGAUUAAGAAUCGCUAUUUUGGCUUCCGGGUAGCUAAGCUGAAAAAUCAGGUGUGA